GGACACUCUGAUUUCCAAAAGGGUGAUCUUGUUUGGGGAACAACUGGAUGGGAAGAGUACAGUCUGAUUACAGAACCUGAAACUCUCUUUAAAAUCCAACACUCAGAUGUACCCUUAUCUUACUAUUUGGGAGUUCUUGGUAUGCCUGGUUGUUGUGUGGUCCCGCACCAUGUGAUGGGGGACCACCACAUUAAUUAAGGAGGCAGCUGGCUGUCUCUUUGGUUUAAAUUAAAUGUCUGGCUACUGUAGAUGGCAGUAGCAAAUUUGAACGAGAGAGUAGAGAAAAACCGAGAGAAAGAAAGAAGAGGAGGCAGCAGAGCAGUCUGUCUUCGUUCUUCGAUUUCCAGUUCGUUCACCGUUGGAUCGGGCUGAGAUUUGGACAGCAGCUUCUAGACACGUUACUCUUCAUUCUGAACGGUUGGAUUGAAGAUUGGUGGUGUGGAAGCUGGUCGUUUGGACAGAAAACGGGGCUGUCAGUGUUGUGAGCUUUUCUCUAACAUUACUCUCUUUAAUCUUGUUGUAAUCCGAGAAUAAGUUGUUCUUGAUGAUAUAUAUGUUGUAGCCCUUAGUUGAAUCUGAGGAAGAACAAUUGUGAACCCAUUAUUUGUGAUAGUGGAAGUUUUUAGGUGGACUCCGGUCCCGUGGUUUUUUCCCGCAUCGGGUUUUCCACGUAAAAAUCUUGGCGUUGAUUUGUGUGAUUGUUGCAUUAUAUUUGUUCAUUGUUUGAUUCUGUUUUUACUGCACAAAGAGGGAAAAAGGAUUGGGACUUGUGAAUUGUGAAUUGUAUUCCGCUGAAUUGAUCCGGUUAGUUGUCCCUAGUUUUCCCAACAAAGUGGUAUCAGAGCAUUUGGUUGUGUAGAUUGAAUUCUUGUGCAGUUAAAAUGGAAAAGGAAGAUUCGGGUAUGAUAAAGCUCACUUCCUCAAAUUAUUUUCUAUGGAAAACAAUGAUGGAGGAUCACUUAUAUUGCAAUGAUUUGGCUUUGCCGAUUGAAUGUAAAGGAAUAAAGCCUGAUGAUAUGGAUGAUGCAAAAUGGAAUGGACUAAAUUGAAAGGCUACCGCUAAUGUUAGAAAAUGGGUAUCUUCUAAGUCCAUUAAUCAUAUUUCUCAAGAACAUGACUGCUAUACAGUUUGGAAGAUGUUGGAAGAAACAUUUGCCAAGGAGAAUGCACAAAACAAGGUUUUUGUAAUUAGAGACCUUGUAAAUUUGAAGUAUAGAGAUGGUGAAGAUGCUUCAGUGCAUAUAAAUGUUUUUCAAGGGUUCUUGAAUCAGCUGUCAUUGAUGAACCUUGAGUUAGCCGAUGAAAUGCAAGCAUUAAUCCUAUUGAGUUCAUUGCCGGAUAGUUGGGAGACUUUGGUGGUGUCACUUAGCAAUUCUACUCCGAAUGGAAAGAUCACUUUGAAAACAGUGAAGGAUUGCAUCCUCAAUGAAGAGAAGAGGAGGAAAGGGACAAGUAUUUCCAAGUCUCAUGCACUUGUUACAGAAAGUCGAGGGAGAAGUCAAAGCAGGUUCUCUCACGGCAAGCAAGAUGGAGAAUCCAGCAAUAGAAAAGGCAAAUGGAAGCCAAGAGGAAGAUCUCAGUCAAGGAAGGGUUUCAAGUGUUAUUAUUGUGACAAGCCUGGGCAUAUGCAAAAGGAUUGCAGAAAGUAUAAAAGAGAUAAAAAGGGUAGAGAUGAAGACAAGAAUGAAGAGAAUGGUACAGCUGCAGUUGUAUCUGAUGGUGAUGUUGCCAUUGUGUGUGAUGAUGGCUGUGUUAAUCUUGCAUGUCAAGAUACCACCUGGGUUGCAGAUUCAGCAGCUUCUUACCAUGUUACACCCCGACGUGAUUUUUACACAUCCUACACUGUUGGUGACUUUGGUCAAGUUAGGAUGGGAAAUCAAGGGAUGGCUAGUGUUGUGGGCAUUGGAGACAUUUGGUUGGAAACCAAUACUGGGUGCAAGUUGCUACUCAAAGAUGUUAGGCAUGUGCCUGAUAUGCGCCUACAUUUGAUCUCUACUGGUACUCUUGAUGAAGAAGGCUAUCACAGUUACUUUGGAGAUGGUAAAUGGAAGCUCUCCAGAAAUUCCCUAAUUGUUGCUAAAGGGAAGAAGAUAGGUCUCUACAUGUCACAAGCCAAGGUGAUCAAAGGGGAGGUGAAUGCAAUUGAAGAUUGCUCUACAGAUCUAUGGCAUAAGCGGCUUGGACAUUUGAGUGAGAAAGGCCUUGACAUCCUUGCCAAGAAGAACUACCUUCCAUUGAAAGGUAUGAACUUGAACACAUGUACUCAUUGUUUAGUUGGUAAACAACAUAGAGUUGCAUUUCAAAGAUCACCUUCACAUAAAAGGUCACAUGUUCUUGAUUUAGUUCAUACUGAUGUUUGCUCUGUGAUUGAUAAGUCUCUUGGAGGUGCAUUGUACUUUGUUAGUUUUAUUGAUGAUCACUCCAGGAAGAUUUGGGCCACUUGUUUGAAAUCCAAAGAUCAGGUGCUUGAUGUCUUUAAGGAUUUCCAUGCCAGAGUUGAAAGAGAAACUGGUAGAAAGCUGAACUGUGUUCGAGCAGACAAUGGUGGUGAAUACAGAGGUCCUUUUGAGAAGUACUGCAGGGAACAUGGUAUCAAGUUGGAGAAGACCGUUCCUAAGACUCCACAGCAGAAUGGAGUGGCUGAGAGAAUGAACAGAACCAUUGUUGAAAGAAUUAGAUGUAUGCUCUCUCAUGCAAAGCUGCCUAAGUCCUUUUGGGGUGAGGCAAUGAAGACUGCAGUUGCCAUGAUCAACCUUUCUCCAUCAGUUCCUCUUGAGUUUGAUGUUCCAGAUAGAGUUUGGAAAGGAAAGGAUGUUUUCUAUGCACACUUGAGAGUGUUUGGAUGCAGAGCAUUUGUACAUGUUCCAAGGGAUGAAAGGUCUAAGCUUGACAGCAAGACAAAGCAGUGUAUUUUCUUGGGCUCUGAAGAUGAUGAGUUUGGUUAUAGGUUGUGGGAUCCAAAGGAGAAGAAAAUUGUGAGAAGCAGAGAUGUUAUCUUCUUUGAAGAUCAAACCAUUGAAGACUUUGAACUGAAGGAGAAAACAGAGUCUACAACUUUUAUUCCAUCUAAUUCAAAUCCAAGACCUACUCCACAGUUACCUUUGAUGCUUGCUAAUCAUGGGGGAGACUUGCAAAAUGAUGAAAAUGAUGGUUUUCUUAAUGAGCCAUUAGUUGGUGAUCCUGAAUCAGCUAAUGAUGAUAUUGAUGUUAUUCCUGAACAGGUUAUGCAGGAAGCUCCAGAUGAGCCACAAUUGAGGAGGUCAACCAGACCUCGCCAACCUUCCACCAAAUAUUCUCCUCAUUAGUAUGUGCUAGUUACUGAUGGGGGAGAGCCAGAAUGCUUUGAUGAAGCUAUGUCACAUGAGAAGAAAAGUGAGUGGUUGCAAGCAAUGCAAGAAGAGAUGAAAUCCUUGCAUGAAAACCAUACUUUUGAGUUAGUGAAGCUUCCUAAAGGUAAGAGAGCACUCAAGAACAAAUGGGUGUUCAGGUUGAAAAUUGAUGAACAUUGCUCACAGCCAAGGUACAAGGCAAGAUUGGUUGUGAAAGGCUUCGGUCAGAAGAAAGGUAUUGAUUUUGAAGAAAUCUUUUCACCAGUGGUCAAGAUGUCUUCAAUUCGAGUUGUGCUUGGCUUAACUGCUAGUUUGAAUCUUGAAGUUGAGCAACUUGAUGUGAAAACUGCCUUUCUCCAUGGUGAUUUAGAUGAAGAAAUCUACAUGGAGCAGCCUGAAGGGUUUGAAGCAAAAGGCAAAGAGCAGUUAGUUUGCAAGUUGAAAAAGAGUCUAUAUGGGUUAAAGCAAGCUCCAAGACAAUGGUAUAAGAAGUUUGAUUCUUUCAUGGUGGAUCAUGGUUAUGACAGGACCACUUCUGAUCAUUGUGUAUUUAUGAAAAGGUUUCCAGAUGGAAACUUUAUUAUUCUCUUAUUGUAUGUGGAUGAUAUGUUGAUUGUUGGCCAUGAUGCUAAGAAGAUUCAGAUUUUGAAGGAAGAGUUAAGCAAGUCUUUUGCAAUGAAAGACUUAGAACCGGCAAAACAGAUUCUUGGCAUGAAGAUCACACGUGACAGGAAGAAGGAGAAACUUUGGCUAUCUCAGGAGAGAUAUGUCCAAAAGGUACUUGAGAGAUUCAACAUGAGCAACUCCAAACCGGUUUGUUCUCCACUUGCAAGCCAUUUUAAACUAAGUUCUAAGCAGUGUCCUUUAAGUGAUGAAGAAAGAGAUGAGAUGAAAAAGGUUCCUUAUGCAUCCGCAGUUGGUAGCUUGAUGUAUGCCAUGGUUUGCACAAGGCCGGAUAUAGCUCAUGCAGUUGGUGUGGUUAGUCGGUUCCUCUCCAAUCCUGGUAAAGAACACUGGUCAGCAGUGAAAUGGAUACUCAGGUAUCUCAAAGGUACUUCUAGUUUCAGCUUAUGUUUUGGUAAUGAUAAACCUGUGUUGGAUGGAUACACAGAUGCAGAUAUGGCUGGUGAUGUUGAUUCUAGAAAGUCCACAUCAGGAUACUUGAUGAAGUUUGCAGGGGGAGCAGUCUCAUGGCAAUCAAGGUUGUAAAAAUGUGUGGCAUUAUCCACUACUGAGGCUGAAUAUAUUGCUCUUACUGAAGGGGGCAAAGAGUUGUUAUGGAUGAAGAAGUUCCUACAUGAACUUGGCCUUGUUCAAGAGAACUUUGUGUUGCACUGUGAUAGUCAAAGUGCAAUCCAUCUCAGCAAGCAUCCUACUUUUCACUCUCGAUCAAAGCACAUUGAGGUUAGAUAUCAAUGGAUUCGAGAUGCUAUGGAGAUGAAGUCAUUUGUUGUUGAGAAGAUCCAUACCGAUAACAACGUGUCAGACAUGAUGACCAAACCUCUACCGAGAGAGAAGUUUGAGUUUUGCAGAAGGGAGGCAGGCUUGUCAGAGCCUCCUAAAUUGAAGCUUACAUGUUGAUCGCCAAUAUGGCGAAUUCCUCCCAUGGUGCGUGAGGGGGAGAUUUGUUGUGUGGUCCUGCACCAUGUGAUGGGGGGACCACCACAUUAAUUAAGGAGGCAGCUGGCUGCCUCUUUGGUUUAAAUUAAAUGUGUGGCUACUGUAGAUGGCAGUAGCAAAUUUGAACAAGAGAGCAGAGAAAAACCGAGAGAAAGAAAGAAGAGGAGGCAGCAGAGCAGUCUGUCUUCUUUCUUCGAUUUCCAGUUCGUUCACCGUUGGAUCGGGCUGAAAUUUGGACAACAGCUUCUAGACACGUUACUCUUCAUUAUGAACGGUUGGAUUGAAGAUUGGUGGUGUGGAAGCUGGUAGUUUUGACAGAAAACGGGGCUGUCAGUGU